AUGACCACCAUUCGCACCUUCCUAGUUGUGGCAUCCUCUCAAGCAUGGCUUUUUCAUCAACUAGACAUCAAUAACGCUUUCCUCCAUGGUGACUUAGUUGAGGAAGUUUACAUGGUGCUUCCACCUGGCUUUCAAGGGGAGAAACAAGGGCAGGUUUGCAAGUUACUAAGAUCACUCUAUGGCCUUAAACAAGCCAGCCGACAGUGGAAUGCUAAGUUGAGUGCCGACUUGAUUAGCAAUGGUUUCCAACAGUCCAAGUUUGAUCCUUCUUUGUUCACUAGAGGACAUGCUGCAUCAUUCAUAGCAGUCCUUGUCUAUGUAGAUGGCAUCCUCGUCACAAGUCCUAGCUCACAUCUCAUUCAAGAACUUAAGACAUUUCUUGACAAUACUUUUAAAAUCAAUGACUUGGGAAGUUUGGGGUACUUUCUGGGUAUUGAAGCACAUAUGACAAUAGAUAGUUUGAACCUCUGCCAAAGGAAAUACGCUUUAGACAUAAUUGAAGAGGCUGGUUUUCUUCACAGCAAACCGGUUGAUACUCCCAUGGUCCCUGGAACACGUCUAACCAAAGAAGGAGGUUCUCUUCUCAAAGAUCCUUCUGGUUAUAGACGUUUGAUUGGUAGGUUGUUGUAUCUCACAGCAACAAGGCCAGAUAUUUCAUACGCAACUCAGCAGUUAAGUCAAUAUGUCGACUCUCCAACUUCGGACCACUUGACUGCCGCUCACCGAGUCCUUCGUUAUAUCAAGAAAGCCCCUGGCCAGGGCUUGCUAUAUCCAAGAAAUAAUAAAAUGGAGUUGAAUGUUUUUUUAGAUUCUGAUUGGGCCUCAUGUCCAGAAACUCGCAAAUCCAUUAUGGGUUUCUGUAUCUUUAUAGGCUCUGCCCUUGUUUCGUGGAGAUCAAAGAAACAAGCCACUGUCUCUCGUUCUUCAUCCGAAGCAGAGUAUCGUCCCUUGGCUGCCACUGUCUGCGAGGUGCAGUGGGUCCACUCCUUACUCCAUGAUUUGCAAAUCAAACCAAACAAGCCUGCCGCCGUAUUCUGUGAUAGCAAAUCAGCUAUUGCUAUCGCUGAGAAUCACGUAUUUCAUGAAUGUACAAAGCAUAGAGAUAUAGAUUGUCACAUUGUUCGUGAAAGACUCAGCCAAGGUUUCAUCAAGUUAUUGUCUGUUUCCUCUUCUACGCAGAUUGCAGAUGGUCUGACCAAGGCGUUACCCUCUCCAGCAUUUCAUAUCUUCAAGUCUAAACUGGCCAUUGAGGACCUCCAUGCUCCAGUUUAUGGGGGGGGGGGGGGGGUAUUAGACUCCAAAAAUCAUGCAGCAAUUCAUUCCUAA